CGCUGGCUGCCAGCCCCGCUCGCGGUCUUACCGGCCGUUUCUCUUUGUUCCAUUAAACAGCGCGAGCGGCGCCUCCAGUCCAGAUUUAUCUACAAUUGAAUCCCUCCAGAUACAGAUUUUCAAAAAUGUGGUGAACUUUACAUAGGAAGGACAGCCCCUGCAGCGAUACAGUGUCCUUGGGUUGCUAUCCUGUUGAGCUGAUGGGCAGAAAGGCUUGUGGUAAUACUAUGUCUUCCAGAAAUGUCCAGACUGUAUGGUUUCGUUGUGUCACUGAAAAAUGCAGAGACGAUUAUGUGGGCAAUUGCAUUGACCGUUUUAUGCACAGCAACAUCCCAGAAACCUGUACUCAGAAUUCAAGUGGAACCAAAGGACAGGCAAGAACUCAAGUAUGAAAUCCAGCCAGAAGAGCAUCUCUGAUGAUAAUCCCUCUGAGGCACCAGUGUGGAUUAUGUCCUUUCUGCGAUUUGAAACCCACAAGCUUUGGACUGCAAGACAAUCGUGCUGUAAGCGAAAAGGGUGUGUAGCCAGUUGUCAAAGAACGUUGCUGAAAGAUGUCAACUCCUGAUCCUCCAAUGGGAGGCACACCUCGCCCAGGCCCCUCACCUGGACCUGGACCUUCUCCUGGAUCAAUGCUAGGCCCCAGUCCUGGACCCUCACCUGGCUCUGCACACAGUAUGAUGGGACCAAGCCCAGGUCCCCCAUCUGCUGGUCAUUCCAUGACUCCACAGGGGCCUGGAGGUUAUGCUGCAGAAAGCAUACAUCAACUUCAUAAGGCAAUGGAAUCGAUGCAUGAAAAGGUGAUGCCUGAUGACCCACGUUACAGCCAGAUGAAAUCUAUUGGCAUGAGGUCAGGCGGACACACUGGCAUGGCACCCCCACCCAGCCCCAUGGACCAGCAUUCUCAAGGCUACCCUUCUCCUCUGGGAUGUACUGAGCAUGCCCCAAGUCCAGUACCUGCUAAUGGCCCUCCCUCGGUACCCCCUAUGUCCUCUGGACCAGGUGGUGUUCCAAUGGAUGGUGGGGAACCUCAGACACUGGGACAGCAAAACCGUGGACCCUCUCCUUUCAACCAGGGGCAACUGCAUCAGCUGCGAGCACAGAUCAUGGCAUACAAGAUGCUGGCAAGAGGACAACCCAUCCCAGACCACUUGCAGUUGGCUGUCCAAGGGAAGAGACCACCCCCUGGAAUGCAACAGCAGAUAUCGUCACUACCUCCACCUUCCACCCCUGGAACUGGAGCAGCUUCAGUCCCAGCUCCUGGGAACUACAACAGGCCACUUGGUAUGGGAGGAUCCAACAUGAUGCCUCCAGGAUCUGCUGGUGUCAAUCAGGGAAUGCAGUGUCAACCUCCUGGUGGCCCCUCAAAAUCCUGGUCAGAAGGUCCAAUGGCCAAUACCACUGCACCAACUAGUGCUCCCCAAAAGCUGGCUCCCCCUCAACCCACUGGACGACCUUCCCCAGUGCCACCAGCUGUGCCCCCUGCUGCCUCUCCAGUAAUGCCACCUCAGACACAAUCACCAGGCCAGCCAGCUCAGCCGGCCCCUAUGGUGCAGCACCAUCAGAAGCAGAAUCGGAUCACCCCCAUUCAGAAGCCACGAGGGUUGGACCCAGUUGAACUUCUCCAGGAACGCGAGUAUCGGCUGCAAGCACGCAUUUCCCAUCGGAUCCAAGAAUUGGAAAACCUCCCUGGCUCAUUAGCAGGAGACCUUCGCACAAAAGCAACCAUUGAACUCAAGGCUCUGCGGCUCCUUAAUUUCCAAAGGCAGCUUCGUCAGGAAGUGGUAGUGUGUAUGAGGAGGGAUACAGCCCUUGAAACAGCACUGAACGCAAAGGCUUACAAGCGCAGCAAGCGGCAGUCACUCCGUGAGGCACGCAUCACUGAGAAACUCGAGAAGCAGCAGAAGAUCGAGCAAGAGCGAAAGCGCAGACAAAAACAUCAGGAAUACCUCAAUAGCAUUCUGCAGCACGCAAAGGACUUUAAAGAAUAUCACAGGUCAGUUUCUGGGAAGAUGCAGAAACUGACAAAAGCUGUGGCCACGUACCAUGCAAAUACUGAGCGUGAGCAGAAGAAGGAGAAUGAACGGAUUGAGAAGGAGAGGAUGAGGAGACUGAUGGCAGAAGAUGAAGAAGGCUAUCGAAAAUUGAUUGACCAGAAGAAGGACCGACGUCUGGCAUACCUGCUGCAGCAAACUGAUGAAUAUGUGGCCAAUCUGACAGAACUCGUCCGACAGCACAAGGCGGCUCAGGCUGCAAAAGAAAAAAAGAAGAAAAAGAAGAAGAAGAAGCAGGAAAAUGUGGACGGUUUGGGUUCUGCUGUUGGCCCUGAUGGUGAGCUCUUGGAUGAGACGAGCCAGAUGAGUGAUUUACCAGUGAAGGUGAUUCAUGUGGAGAGUGGGCGGAUUUUGACUGGAGCUGAGGCACCAAAGGCUGGGCAGCUGGACACCUGGUUGGAAAUGAAUCCUGGCUACGAAGUGGCUCCACGUUCUGACAGUGAAGACAGCGGCUCUGAAGAAGAGGAAGAGGAUACGACAGACUGGAGGCUGCUAAUCAUGUCGGAGGACAGGUCUCGUUCGGGACUGCUGGAAGAGGAAGAGGAGGAGCAGGCAAACCCACCAACACAGACUCCUGCACCUGAGGAGAAAAAGAAAAUCCAGGAUCCUGACAGUGAAGAAGUGUCGGAGCUAGACGCAAGGCAGAUAAUAGAGAACGCUAAGCAGGACGUGGAUGAUGAGUACAGUGCACCACUAUCUAGUAUAGGUGGUCUGCAGUCCUAUUAUGCAGUGGCUCAUGCAGUGACGGAGAGGGUCGAUAUUCAGUCUACGCUGCUUGUGAAUGGUUUACUCAAACAAUAUCAGGUCAAAGGUUUGGAGUGGCUUGUCUCGCUGUAUAAUAACAACCUGAAUGGAAUCCUCGCUGAUGAGAUGGGCCUGGGAAAGACCAUUCAGACCAUCGCACUCAUCACUUACCUCAUGGAGCAUAAGCGCAUCAAUGGACCUUUCCUGAUCAUUGUACCUCUCUCAACGCUAUCAAACUGGGCCUAUGAGUUUGAUAAGUGGGCGCCAUCAGUAUCACGGAUCUCUUAUAAGGGUUCUCCUGCAGCUCGAAGAGCUUUUGUUCCUCUGCUUAGAAGUGGGAAGUUCAACGUCCUACUCACCACUUAUGAAUACAUCAUCAAAGACAAGCACGUUCUUGCCAAGAUCCGUUGGAAAUACAUGAUAGUGGAUGAAGGUCACCGUAUGAAGAACCACCACUGUAAGCUAACACAGGUGCUGAAUACACAUUACGUGGCACCGCGCCGCCUGUUGCUCACUGGCACUCCAUUGCAAAACAAGCUGCCUGAACUGUGGGCACUCCUCAACUUCCUGCUGCCCACUAUUUUCAAAAGCUGCAACACGUUUGAGCAAUGGUUCAACGCCCCCUUCGCCAUGACAGGAGAAAAGGUGGACCUAAAUGAAGAGGAGACUAUUCUGAUCAUCAGACGUUUGCACAAGGUUCUCCGCCCUUUCCUGUUGAGGCGAUUGAAAAAGGAGGUUGAAGCUCAGCUGCCUGAGAAGGUGGAAUAUGUCAUUAAAUGUGACAUGUCAGCUUUGCAGAGGGUACUGUACCGCCACAUGCAGGCCAAGGGAGUACUGCUGACUGACGGCUCAGAGAAGGAUAAAAAGGGCAAAGGAGGCACAAAGACACUGAUGAACACCAUUAUGCAACUGAGGAAGAUUUGCAACCACCCAUAUAUGUUUCAGCAUAUUGAGGAAUCUUUUUCAGAACACUUGGGAUUCACUGGAGGCAUUGUACAAGGGGCUGAUCUUUACCGAGCCUCGGGGAAGUUUGAACUGCUGGACAGGAUUCUCCCCAAGCUGCGAGCCACCAACCACAGAGUGCUGCUCUUCUGCCAGAUGACCUCACUGAUGACCAUCAUGGAAGACUACUUCACAUACCGCAGCUUCAAGUACCUUCGCCUGGACGGGACUACCAAAUCUGAGGACCGUGGGAUGCUGCUGAAGACCUUCAAUGAGCCCAACUCCCAUUACUUUAUCUUCCUGCUCAGCACUCGGGCUGGAGGUCUAGGCCUCAACCUCCAGGCUGCAGACACAGUUGUCAUUUUUGACAGCGACUGGAAUCCUCACCAAGACUUACAAGCUCAAGAUCGUGCUCACCGAAUCGGACAGCAAAAUGAAGUGCGUGUGCUACGCCUGUGCACUGUGAACAGUGUGGAAGAGAAAAUCUUAGCAGCAGCUAAAUAUAAGCUUAAUGUUGAUCAGAAGGUCAUCCAGGCUGGGAUGUUCGAUCAGAAGUCCUCCAGCCAUGAGAGACGGGCAUUUCUUCAGGCUAUCCUAGAACAUGAGGAGCAGGACGAAUCUGAGGUUGUGGCAGCGGAGGUGAAAGGAUCGGAAGGACAUACUGAAGAAGAUGAGGUUCCUGAUGAUGAGACGGUGAAUCAAAUGAUAGCCAGACAUGAAGAGGAAUUCGACCUCUUCAUGCGAAUGGAUUUGGACCGCCGUCGCGAAGAGGCUAGAAACCCAAAACGGAAACCACGAUUAAUGGAGGAAGAUGAGCUUCCAAACUGGAUCCUGAAAGAUGAUGCUGAGGUGGAGAGACUGACAUGUGAGGAGGAAGAGGAAAAGAUGUUUGGCCGAGGCUCACGGCAGCGCAAGGAGGUGGACUACAGUGACUCUUUAACCGAGAAACAGUGGCUCAAGGCCAUAGAAGAGGGCAACCUUGAGGAGAUUGAAGAAGAGGUUCGUCAGAAAAAAGCCCGCAAACGAAAGAGAGACGUCGACCCACCCUUGGUCAUGGCAACCACUAGCACACGCAGCAGCCGGGACAAGGAUGAAGAUGAGAAGAAGAAAAAAAAGCGUGGGCGGCCGCCAGCAGAAAAACUAUCACCAAACCCCCCAAACCUCACCAAAAAAAUGAAGAAGACAGUAGAUGCAGUGAUCAAAUACAAGGACAGCAGUACUGGCCGACAGCUGAGUGAAGUCUUCAUUCAACUUCCAUCACGCAAGGAGCUUCCAGAGUACUAUGAACUCAUCCGCAAACCUGUCGACUUCCGGAAGAUAAAGGAACGGAUCCGUAAUCACAAGUACCGUAGCCUCAAUGACCUAGAAAGAGAUGUGAUGUUGCUGUGUCAGAAUGCACAGGCCUACAACUUGGAGGGAUCACUGAUCUAUGAGGAUUCAAUUGUGCUUCAGUCUGUUUUCACCAGCGUACGGCAGAAAAUUGAGAAGGAGGAAGAUAGUGAAGAUGAUAGUGAGGAUGGAGAGGAGGAGGAGGAGGAAGGAUCCGAGUCAGAAUCUCGCUCGGUAAAAGUGAAAAUUAAACUAGGCCGAAAGGAGAAGAGCCAGGAUCGAGUGAAAGGGCGCAAACGUUCCAGUCGUGCCUCUAAAUCCAAACCUGUUGUAAGCGAUGACGAUACAGAGGAGGAAGUGGAUGAGGACCAGGGAACAAUGAAAUUAGCCGGGCUUCGCACUUCUGAUCACCAUCCCGAAAUGCCUACUGGAAACCGCACAUAUAUGAACAUUAGGAACGGUCAGGAACUGAUAGCGAAGAAGAUUAAUCUCAGGAUAACAUUCUGUGUCGGAAUCUACACUGGGGCUUUGUCCAUCCUUCAGAGAGUGACUGUGCGAUGUUCUCAUACCUGUAUCUGGCUAGCAGUGUAGUUUACGUUUUUAGUACACAAUGUAAACUUGUAUAUUUACAGCUGGAGAGGAGAAGGCAUGUAGGAUUAUCAACUUAGUGUGUGACCAUGUUGAAGCCAGUCAUGUUCACAGUAGCAUUAUUGAAAUGGAGCUUUUCCAAGCUGGCAUUAUUUUUGUGCAAAAGCAUUAAUUAUGUCAAGAACACAGCUGCUAACUGCAGGUAUCCCACAAUCUAAUUCCUACCACCCCGCCACCUCCCCUCAAACCAAACCCCUAACUUUUCAUCUCCUGCUGAGUUUCCUCACACUGUGUAGAUAUAACUCGUCUGGUUAAUCGUUACAUUAACUAAAUUAACCAAACAGAGUGGAAUCAUGGACUGUGACACUAACCUGUGAGUUAACUUAUUGCUGGAUGGUGCACUGCAUUCUGCACAACAAAUGACAACUUGAAGUCUGACCAGGGAAAGAACAAAAGCUCGUGAUUUUGGGAAUACUUGAUUUUUCUAGACAUUUGUUUCCUUUCUCCGUGCGAACGCAGUCAGUCACAUGCAGUCCUUGCCUCAUUGUAUUGUGACUUGUGUAAGCAUUGUGUAGGAGUUCACUCCCAUUACUAUACUGUAUUUUAAACAGGUCAAAACUUCCCUCUUUGCAGAUUGCAAGGGAAUUUUGUACUGUCAUUAUCACUGGACUACAAUAAAAUAAUUACUUGACUGUGA